AUAUACGUGUACGCAUCACGAGUGUCCUCUUACAAAAUUACGAAAAUCGAUGAGACUUUUGCGCAAAAAUUCGCGAUUCUCGGUGCAUUAAAUGUCUAGUCCUUUACCAAAUCGUCGUCUUUAAUUGUCGUUCGCUGUAGGUAUGUGAUUGAUGUGUGAGGGGGUAAACUUGAGUGAGUGAAGUCGCACGUGCCUUUGAUUUUGUGCAAUUAGCGGAUUUAGUGAAUUUAGAACAAUUGCAAACGGCGCUGAAACGGAGUGAAAAUAUCACCAAGCACCACGUCUCCGUCUGCUUCGGAAAGAGGCACCGGUUGCAAUACCGGCUUGCUGGUUGGAAUGAAUCUGUCCGGUUACCUGAAGUCGCCGACGGGGCCGCCGCAUGGACACUUCCCGUCGCAUCCGGGUCUCGGCACGGGAUUGGGAUCCGGCAUGCCGAUGCCCGGUCUCGGUCCGUUCGGUCUGCCGCACUCGCUAGAUCCGGUCGGGUUUCCUCAAGGUUUUUCCUAUUUGGCAGGUGUCAACCCGAGAAAGCAGCGAAGGGAGAGGACGACGUUCACGAGGGCGCAGCUCGACGUCUUGGAGUCGCUCUUCGCGAAGACGAGAUAUCCCGACAUUUUUAUGCGCGAGGAGGUCGCCCUUAAGAUUAAUCUUCCGGAAUCGAGAGUGCAGGUGUGGUUUAAAAAUCGAAGAGCGAAAUGUAGACAGCAACUGCAGCAGCAGCAGCAAAACAAGUCGUCGUCGUCGAGAAGCCCGGUGACGCCGUCGAAGGCUAAGCCGAGCAAGGUGUCGCCGAUUUCGACGCCGACGGCCGGAAACGCGUCGACGACGAACAUUCCUCCACCGUCCACGUCAGUCUCCCCGCCAAUAGUUCACAUCAAAAAGGAGCCACCUCAGAUUCCGCACCCGUACCGUAGCAACAACGGCAAUUUAACGCCACUAGGAAGCAACACCAGCAGCGUAAUAACGACACCUUCACCUCCGAUCACCCCGUCCAGUAACCCGCCCUUGUCCUACCAGCACGACUCCUAUAACUCCUUCAACUGGCACACGAACGGCCACAACUCCUCACCGCACCACUACUACGGCCAAAACUACAACGCGGCCUACUACAGCCAAAUGGAGUACUUCAACCAGCAAAGCAGCCAGAACCAAAUGCAGAUGGGCAACCACGUCAGCGGCGGUUACCACCAAAUGAGCGGCUACGGCAACGGCAUGACGAUGGGCAUGACGGGCACCCACCACCAGAACUUCAACCCCCGACAUCCCGACUGCAACAACCUAGACUACAUGAACCAAAUACUUUAGUUAUGCAUUUUCCCGUCGAACAGUGUGGGUGAAGUACAAAAUUAGACAGUUUUACAAAAAGACAAUCCGUAGCUUUUAAGUGCAUAUCAUAAACGAAUUUUUCCGAUUAGCAUUAAAUGAUUGUACAUAUUUUACUGUAUGUGAUUUUGCCCGAUGAGGGCGCCUAAAAGUUCUUGUAAAUAUAGCAGUUAGAUAGUGAUCAUUCCAUACAUUCUCCCUUUCGGUAUUGUUGGUACCAAGGACGGAGAGCUGCCGCAAUAAUUCCCCAAAUUUGGGGGAUGAUCGCGGCAGCUCGACGCCUUCGUGCGAUAGCCCUCACUCAGGAAACGACUAAAUUGGCAAUCCUCAUUUUUCUGUGAUUUCUUAUAGUUAAUCCUAUAGUGUUUGUGCUUAAGUUUUUUUACGAACGCAUUCUGACUGUACGAAAUGUAA